AUGGGCACCGUCAAUCAAGCAGAUUCUUGGCAGGCAAGAGUCGCAAAAAAGCGAGAGGAAUGCGCUAAAAGAAUCCCGUCUGAGUGGAGAGUGUCAGACCAAUUCAUGGCCAAAUUCGAUGCCCCCUUAUCGGAACAUAAGAACGACUUCAUUCGAUCCGGAGCAAUUCGUGAAUCAGGAAUUUUGACAGACCUCGAAAUCAAUAUCACAGAAGGGUACACGUUAUCUGGCCUGAUCUCUGCAUUAGCAACUGGUAGCCUUACCUCGGUUGAGGUGACUUUGGCCUAUUGCAAACGUGCUGCCGUUGCACAACAGUUGGUAUCUUGUCUCGCCGAGACUAUGUUUGAGGAAGCUCAGGAGCGAGCUCAAUACCUGGAUGGCCUGAGAGCCCAAGGGAAAUUAGCAGGUCCACUCCACGGUCUUCCCAUCAGUAUCAAGGAUAAUUUCCGCUUCAAAGGAAGAGAUGCGAGUAUCGGGAUGGUUUCAUUUUUGGAUGAUGUGUCCACCGAGAAUUCGGCUCUUGUGGAUAUUCUUCUGGACCUUGGCGCUGUACUCUACGUUAAGACAAACGUGCCACAAACAAUGAUGACAGCUGAUUCUCACAAUAAUGUCUUUGGGCGCACUCUGAAUCCCUGGAACACCACGCUGGGACCUGGUGGCUCUAGCGGUGGAGAAGGCGCUCUGAUCGCCCUUCGGGGUUCGCCUCUUGGACUGGGAACAGAUAUUGGUGGUUCCGUCCGAAUUCCAGCUCACUGUUGUGGAACAUACGGUUUCAGGCCCAGCGCGUCCAGAGUUCCCAACGGUGGAAUGCGUGUCUGCACUACACCCGGAAUGAAAUUCGUUCUAUCCUGUAUUGGACCACUUUCAAUGGAUCUGAGUGGAAUCGAAACAUUCUUUCAGUUGCUAUUCAACGCUCGCCCUGCAAACUACGAUUCCAGUAUUCACGACAUUCCAUGGAGACAGGUCGAUACCAAACCAGUUCUCAGGAUCGGCGUUGUUCCCGAAUCAUCCGUCUUCCCUCUUCAUCCACCUAUCCGGAGAGUCUUGAACGAAGCAGUUGGCUUGCUGGAAGCCCAGGGUCACCAAAUAAUCCGUCUAGAUGAAAAGGAUUGCAGAGUUGUUGAGGCAAACGAGAUUGCGUGGGCGAUAUUCAAUCUUGACCAGAACGCAAGGAAGCUUAUCGAAUCAGCGGGUGAGCCCGUUGUGCCAGCUAUUGGUCAUAUCGUGAAGCUAUUUGAGACACUUGGGAAAUUUAUCAAGCCAACCCUACCAGAUACGAGCACCCUUGAUCGAAUGGAGAAGCUAGCUCUGCUCAAUGUACGACGAGCGGAGCUGCGCGAGGCUUAUCGCAAGCUGUGGGUGCAGCACGACCUUGACAUAUGCAUUGCACCUCCAGCUCAAAAUACUGCUGUGCCACACGAUAUGUUUGGCAUGGCUCCUUACACCACUUUCUUGAACUGCUUAGAUUAUCCAUCGUGCGUCCUGCCGUUUGGAGAAGUGGACGAGCAAGAUGCCGGGAAGACGCUUGAGCUCAAAGAAGAUCAGAUAGCCCCCGACUAUGACUAUGAUCAGCUCAAAGGCACACCGUGCUCCAUUCAACUUUUUACCACCACCCUGCGUGAUGAGGAAUGCUUGCGGAUGGCUAGACAGAUCGACCGGUGCUUGAACGGUUGA